AGAGUAGUUCUUGUUUCUGUUUGUUUGAUGAGUUAGUUGACUGCGACGCAGAUCGCCGACAGGACACCGGGCUGGAACUGUUGGAGCGAUUCUUUUCGAAUCACUUCGUGUCAUCGGAGCUCGACAUUCACCGCAGAGAAGGCGUCGUUAGUCGAGGACUGUUGAACCGGAAGUGAAAGAUGGCCAACGUGGGCACACACCUCUGUGGAAACUGCAAGCGGGACAUCCCCACGGAGAACUUCACGAUCCAUGAAGUGCACUGCCGGAGGAACAUCAAGUUGUGCCCGCGCUGUGCAGAGCCCGUCCCCAAAGCGGAUCUGGAGGAGCACAUUGACUCCCAGCAUGCACAGGUUGUCUGUAAAUGUACAAUGAAGAUGGAGAGGAGUCAGCUGGAGGAACACCAGUCCCAGGAAUGCAGCCUGCGCCUGGUAAAGUGCCAGUUCUGUGAGCUGGAGGUGACUUUCAGCAAGCGGGCUGGCCACGAGUACUGUGGGGCCAGCGCGCGAGCGCUGAGAAGUGUCUCCAAUGUUGCACAGCGAGGGCAUUUUGGCAGAGGAGAACACAAGAAGGCAUUCAAUUUGGGCACAGAGUCGGGGAUGAGAAGACCAGCGCUGGAGCGUGCCAGAGACCAGAACCAAGUGGAUAAAGUGAAGCAGAACAAAAAGAAUGGCGGGUGGGAAGCUGGGCACCCCGAGGCGCGGGGCGAGCACUCCUCUCUGGAUCACCUGCUGGCUCUUAGCCUACAGAACGGCUUUGGGGACGAGCAGACCACCUGGGGCGACUUUCUGGAGGACAGCUUCGUCGAUGAGCAACUUCGCCGGACUCCACCAGCCCGUGAGCGGUCCCAGGAAUGCAGCCUGCGCCUGGUAAAGUGCCAGUUCUGUGAGCUGGAGGUGACUUUCAGCAAGCGGGCUGGCCACGAGGAGUACUGUGGGACGCGCACGGAGCGCUGCGAGAAGUGUCUCCGUAACGUGAUGGUGAGAGAGCUGGGCACCCACCCGGCCGUGUGUGGCAUCGAGGCGCCGGAGACAUCCAGCAGCAAGCGGCCAGUCCACUUGUCCAGGGCUCCGUUCAACCACAGAAUGUUGCACAGCGAGGGCAUUUUUGGCAGAGGAGAACACAAGAAGGCAUUCAAUUUGGGCACAGAGUCGGGGAUGAGAAGACCAGCGCUGGAGCGUGCCAGAGACCAGAACCAAGUGGAUAAAGUGAAGCAGAACAAAAAGAAUGGCGGGUGGGAAGCUGGGCACCCCGAGACGCAGGACGAGCACUCCUCUCUGGAUCACCUGCUGGCUCUUAGCCUACAGAACGGCUUUGGGGACGAGCAGACCACCUGGGGCGACUUUCUGGAGGACAGCUUCGUCGAUGAGCAACUCGCCGGACUCCACCAGCCCGUGAGAACGGGGUCGGGCCUCUCUCAGAAUUUCAACUCCGAGAAUCCAAAAACCCUGGAGUGGCUGAUGUCAAAUGGCAGAUGGCAGAAUGGCUCCAGGGAGAAGCUGGAGGAAAAUGCCACAGUAGACCACCUGCUGGCGCUGGGCUUAAAGGACGACCUCACCCAGGAUCUGCUGAGCUACACUGGCUUGGUGAAAGACAGCUUUGUCAACGGGGACCUGACAAACCUCCAUAAGCAGCCAGCGAUGGAGUCGAUGCUCUUUAGAAAUCUGAACGUGUCGGACCACCGUGGUGGUGAUGAAGAUAUGCUGCCAUGCGAGUUCUGUGAGGACCUUUUUCCUGUGGAGGACUUGAUUCUGCAUCAGACGGGAUGCAGUCCUUCCAGCGCCUUCUCUUCCUACAGCAAGCAGCUGCCCUCACGACGGCAGGAGGACUCGUUCAGCCCAGUGACACCAAGCCCCCUUUCCUCCCCACUUCUCUCCCAAAAAUUUGCAGACCUGGCUUUCGACUCGCCUCUGGGCUCAGACGUGAUCCUGCCCUGCGAGUUCUGCGGGAUGCUGCUCCAGGAAGACAUGCUGUUCCAGCAUCAGGACAAGUGUAACAUUCGCCCUCCGACCGCGUGCUUCACAGGCAGCCCACGCGUCCGACGGCCACUGCCUGCAACUGAAAACCCAAACAGGAAAUCCUCUCCAAUUCCGCAGCGGCGCGUCAAACAUCAAGAAGACCCACAUCAGCGAGAAAAAGAGGGUACCAUUCACCCACUUCAGUCACGAGGGGCGGCAGGGAACCGGCGGCCAGAGAAGGUGCGCUCAGGUUUUCUAGACUCCCAGAAGGAUCUGGAGGCCCAUGUGAAGCCACAGUCCCCACCCAGACACCAGCAACUGAAACAAAAAGCGGGUAACCUAAAGGUGGCACGUGGAUUGCGGCCCCCAGCAUCGAGCGUCGAUUCCAGCCUUGGGGUGACCUACACUCGCAGACAGACCAGUGGGAGAGUCGAUGGAAAGCGAAACACGAGAUUAUCGGCAACAAGAAAGGUUUAUUCUCCCACUCUGGACAACCUUAAAGUGGAAGAGGAAGAAUGACGCAUUCCCCACUCGGCCCUUCCCUCAUCCGAUCCGUCUCAGGCUGCUUGUUACUUUCUAUGCAAGAUCCUUGGUUUUAUAGUUGCUGUGUGGGCUUCGGGGACUUUUCACACGAGAAAACUGCUGCAAUGGCAGUCCGUGAAUUAUGUUUGUGAGCAAUGGCGUCUUCCCCCCCUCUGCCACUUUCUCCAAAGGGGGACGGAUUUGCGUUUUUCUAUUUUGUUUUCCACUAAUUUUAAAAGGUAGUUCCAAAUAAACUUCUCUUCAUAAGGUU